AUGCGUUCUUUCUUCUCGAAGCGCAAUAGUAGAGCUCAAGCACAGAGGCGAAGGCAAAAGGACGAAAUCUCUGACGAUGGAGUUCCUGUGGUUUUCAAAGGUGAUGAAAGUUUAGUCCAGCUACACGCAGAGACAGCAGAGCUAUUACGACUCGUCAAAACGCCGGUAAAAAUACCAAAGAAAACCCCAAAGGCUACAGCUGGAGGAGGUAAAACGCGCUUGACUAUCGAAGUUCUGGACGAUGACGAGGAGGAUGACCUGGCCGAUACUAAACCUACAAGCGAUGCAGACCUAAAGUCGCCGCGAGGACGAACUGAUCCAGUUGGGCCCGUUGAUCCUUCAGCGUUUAAUGCCGAGGAGACACGGAUCCGCCAAGCCAAAGACAUUUUUUACCCGGAUUUAAGACCGUCGAAACACAGUGUUGAAUGGCAAAAGAAUACCUUCCAACGAGAACAGAAUCGACAAGAAAAUAUUGUCAAUGGUGAGCGUCUUCGAACCGAGCAAAUGCUCAGAAACAAGCAGCAGAAACGUGAUCAACCGCUUCAAAACCGACUGGAGACUAGCGCUACUUUGAUUCAAGCACACUCCAGAGGAUUUCUGUGUCGUCGAAGGUGGCGAGAGCAACAGAAAACUCUUGAAAACAAUAACAACGUGGAGCCAGAAGUGGAUCAGUGGCAUGAAGUGCGUGAUGUCGAGCGUGGCGAAGUCUGGUACUAUAACGCAACAACCGGGGUCAGUCAAUGGGAACCUCCAGUAGGGCAGACGUUCACUCCUGCAGCCCCAAUACCAGUGUGUCAAUCGCUUCCUGUGCUAAAUAGCAGCAGCCGUUCAAAGAACUUUUCUCGAGCCAACCAACGCUCUUUAUUAGGAGUCGUAGGAUCCGAUACACUACCGCCUCUUUCUCCGCCGUGUUCCUCUGCGAGAUCGACGUCCAGUGAUCAAGAGCAACAGCAUCGGAUAUCUGGAGCUCGGGGUUCUAAGGAAGCCAAGAAAUCUAUCAGAUCUCCUCGCAAUCUACCAGCGUUACAGCCUGAAUCCAUCCAAUCGUUACCGAACGUGUGGGAAUGCGACUCCGUACUCCCUUCAGAGCGCAGUCUUUCCAACGAGACUCAAGAUAAUGGCAACUACGCAGACAGCGAAGUAGGCGAUACAGAGCCAUUUUUCGAUCAAAGGAGGUCUCUAUCUCUUUAUCUCGACGAAGAAAGGGAUGACCAAUUUACGAGUGAUGAUACUGACAGCGACUGGCAGACAAACGACACACUCUUCCGUGCAGAUGGCAGUAAGAACAGUAAGCUACGAGACACGAUCCGUAGCGCACUACAUGUGUCAAAGUUCGACUCAAUUUCUUCCCUCAUCGCUUCUAACGCCGUGCUACGACGCAAAUCUGUUCCUGGAAAAGGUUCCCGGAACCAAUCAGGUGCUGCUACACCAGGAACCCGUCGACGCGAGAUCGUACUUGGCAAGCGUGAAGAACCGGUUUUUGUUGCUGUACUUGCCCGUGAUCGAAACAAGAGAGUGAAAGGUGAUCAGAUUAAUCCAGAGUCUCCAACACGGUCGAGUAUUCGCAGUAAAGCGAAAGCAGCGAGUCGAUCUGGGAGGCCUCCACACAUCCGAGACCUUGCAGAUCCUGGUUUUAUGGAAGAAACGUCAAGGAGAAACAACUCGCAACAAGAAGACGACGCUGACUUGGACUCUGAAUCCAGAGAAGCUGCUCGACAAGAAGCUGUAAAGGUUUGUUUUAACUGCUGGAGUGCAAGCAAUGGACGUCACUGCGACUUGCAUCAAGAUCCUAGCGAUGCGACUAGAAAGGUUCGUACGGCUGAGAGUGCUCUCAUGUGUGCGAAUUGGGAACUGGAUCAACUACGACGAAAAUACCGAGCAGAGGAGAUCCAGGAGAUCUUCAUGAAGCAACGUGCGUGUCUGCGUUAUGACAAGAAGUUAAAGCAGUACGUCACUGUAAUCGAGUGUCGACAUCCAAUCUACCGAGCGAUAGACCAGCUCUCCACUGCUUGGAACAAGACAAUGCGUCGUAAACUCCACACGCGCUCUUGGUUCCGAUCAUUUCUCGAACAGAUUCGAACUGAUCGCUUACCACGAGCACUCAGAGGCGACAAGGAUUCCACCCGGCCGUCGUCUUUUUUCAAGCUAAAAAACACACUUCAGAAUGCUCGGUGGGUCUCAAAGUACUCGGAAAGCGUCUGUGACUUCCACCCGAGAGCCCCAGUGACCGCCAAAGACCGGACCGGUACUCACCCGGUUCCUCUACGCGACGUCAUCACGAUUCAUCCAGCUAAGCCGCAAUUACGUAACUGGAUCCUCGUGACGGAGUACACGAAGCCUAUAGCUCUAUACAAGCCUCGAGUCUACGAACUGCCGCCUCUACGCUGUGUACCUAUGCCCGUGCCGACCUUCCUGGAACGCCUACCACUACCCGUCCCUAACGUCUACUUCGACGCAGGCCAUAGUGCCAGUUGGUUGGAGAGGUUAUCAGCGCGUAUGGCUAUCGCUGCACUACAGAAGGCUGCGCUACAGAUUGGAGCGUGUAGUCCGCCCCAUGGCUCGACCGAUGCAAGACGAACCAAACACGUGAGACCUCUGGUAGUGCUCUUCGCGACAUUCGCUCGUAAGCCUACACCGGGCAACCUGGACAUCGGUGGCUUGUCUGCUGAACUGUUGAUCCACAUGCUCGUAACCACGUAUGUUCCGGCACAAUUCGGUAACUUUGUAGUGUUCGACCGACGAGCAGUAGCCCCAGCACCGUCACACGACGAGAGCGUAACCUUCGCUUGUCUCGUAGUCGAACCCAGCACACCUGAGUACGUUUAUCGAGCGCUUGAACACGCACUCAACGUCCGAAGACCUCCGUGUAUCGUCGUGGCUGCUCGAAUCCACCUCGACGAAGCACUCGAAGCCCGUCGAUUCCCACUGAAUCGACCAGAACAAACCGGAGAGGAAGAAGCCAACGGCUUCCGCACAUUUUGGCUCGUUGAUCCCUUCGCAGUGAACGAUGUGGUUCCCGGUGUACAAGUCGCUCCUUCGAGUGCUGUUCUCGCACCUAACGUAGCGUCAAUGAACGCGACUGUAACCACACGCGUGGAUCGAACGUACCCGUUCUGCGUGCCCACAACUCGAGAGAAUACUCCAGUGGAGUUCAUUGACUUGCUUUGGAUUGGCCAAUCCAGUCGGAAUCAGCCUCAAGCGUUCACAACGCUCGGUAGACAACAACCCGGUGACUUUAUGAAGAACUCGAACCCGGAAGGUGCGCUUGGAGCCUGCUCUAGUGUUGUGUAUCGUAGCUGGGCGUAUAUGCAGAACAAUCCGUACGAUGAGUUUGUCACUGAAGACGGCGUAGCGUACUGGUAUGAUCGCAACACGGGCGAUACGUUCUGGACACGUCCCGUUCUACCAGUCGAGAAGUAUCGAGGUAAAGACGGCGAUAUUGAUGGGGUCAUCACGACAGGAGAAGGCGAAGUGGCUACACUUGGAGUCGGCGUCACAAACAGCGGAGAUGCACGGUAUUCGCAGCAAAAUCUUCGCAAGUAUAUGAGUAAGAAGAUGGAGGCCCCAGAAGACAAAGAACGUCGCGUGAAACUCGUGACUGCAAGUGCCAAGAAGCACGAUAUUGUCGUCGAUCUCACCUCCAAAAGGUCAAAACCGGUUUCUACUGGGAACGAACUCACGCGUAUUCAAGUACCACAAAUCUCCUUGAAACGUCCACAACGCAGUAGCAUUGCUGCCAGUAGAGCGUCUUCAGCAAGUUCAGCCAAGUCAAGUGUACAGAUCGCUGGAGCUUCCACCGAACCGGAGGACGCGACGAUGGCAUUCGAUUCUAGUACAAAGCAGAUGAUCGACAGUAUCACACAAGCGCUUGGUGGAGCGGCUAAAGGCGCCAGUGUCGACAUGUUGCAGCUUGGAAUCGGACUUGGAAUGGGGCUUGGCAUGCGUGUCCAGCAGCAAAGCGCAUCUCCAUCAAAACCUGCACUAGCUGUCCGCUCUGCGCGGUCCGAACUCGCUCGAAAACUCCAAAGCCAGAACACCAUUGAUGUCGACGAAUUGGACGAAGACGACGAAGAACCCGGUUCGUCGAGGUCCGAGACGAGCUCCAUAGCGACGUCUCGGUUGUCUUCAAGAAGCGGAUAUUCCGUGGCUGCAUCGGUGGAUAUCUCUCCAACUCCGGAUGACGUUGAGUAUAGUGAAACACCUCCUCAUAUUGGCAAGAAGACACCGGGCUAUCAGACCCAUCCACCGCCAGGAGAGGGCACAUCUUGGAUCCGCAAGCCUGUUGACGCAUCCAGUGAGAGCCAAACAGCAGUCGAAGGCUUCGGUGGCGCUCUACACCAACGCGUUGCUUGUCUUCCCAAAGACUUCGUAGCAGCCGUCACCAGUACCAAAACUUGUCAAAUGCAGGCCAAUUAUCUCCCAAUCAUCAAGAAUAUGAAUCAACCGACAAGUGUCGGCAUCGUGCGACCUCGUGGAGCUCUGGACGAGUGGCUAUCGAUCGGAUUUUCCCCGUGGACUGCCGGUCGGUCAGUCUUCAGCACGCAGUUCAUCGAGGACCUCAUGCAGCGUCCAGAACUCGUCCAGACCGCUACAGACACCGCUCAACCAGUCAGUACCAAACCCAUACCGGUAGUAGAGAAGCGCGACGCCGUCUCUCAAGCCGUCAAAGAAUCCGAGCAGCUGGAUACAAUCUUCAGUCUUUGUCGACACGGGAAAUACGACGAAGUCGAGCUGCUUCUCAAUAGUCCGGACUGGUCUAUCGGUAUCGACGCCAAAGAUGCUACAGGCAACACGCUGCUGUCCGUGGCCUGUCAGAACAACAACAAACGCAUCGCCAAGCUGUGUCUGCGUCGUGGAGCUGACAUCAAUACGCAGAACUUGAAUGGCCAGUCGCUGCUCCACUACUGCCACGAGUACGGCUUCCAAGACCUGAUGAAAUACUUGAUGGACAAAGGAGCACGGGAUGAUCUGUUGAAUGCUGACGGACUCACGUGUUAUGAAGGGCUGAGUCAGGAAGCUGUCGAUGCGAUCUAAAGUCACGCAGAGUACAUAGAUUAGCCACGUGUCCCGCAGUUCAGAGCUCUACCGCGUGUAUUUUAGCUGUUAAAGUAGUGCAGCAUGUGCAGGAGAACGGAGAAGCCCACGUAGAAACAGAAGAUCAUGAAGCCGUAGCCUUUCCCGAUCUUCUGAGUCUGCUCCAGAAUGCGAUUACUCUGGAAUUUAACAAGUGAAAGUCGUGAGCUGUCAUAUGUAUUGCAAAUAAAAUUAAAAAAAACUCUACCA